AAAUACAAGAAACUCGCGAGACCAAAGAGGCCCCGCCCGAGGCCGGCCCCAGGCCGGAAGUGAGUCACAUUGGCCCCGCCCCCGCGUUCGAUACCUCGCGAGACUUUGCGGAAAUUCCCUCUUUCGUCUCUGCCGCCGACAUGCCAUCCAGACUGAGGAAGACCCGGAAACUUAGGGGCCACGUGAGCCACGGCCACGGCCGCAUCGGCAAGCACCGGAAGCACCCAGGAGGCCGGGGUAAUGCUGGUGGCAUGCAUCACCACAGGAUCAACUUCGACAAAUAUCACCCAGGUUACUUUGGGAAGGUUGGUAUGAGGCAUUACCACUUAAAGAGAAACCAGAGCUUCUGCCCAACUGUCAACCUUGAUAAAUUGUGGACAUUGGUCAGUGAGCAGACACGAGUAAAUGCUGCCAAAAACAAGACUGGAGUAGCUCCCAUCAUUGAUGUAGUGCGAUCGGGCUACUACAAAGUUCUUGGGAAAGGAAAGCUCCCAAAGCAGCCUGUCAUCGUGAAGGCCAAAUUCUUCAGCAGAAGAGCUGAGGAGAAGAUUAAGGGUGUUGGGGGGGCCUGUGUCCUGGUGGCUUGAAGCCACAGAACAGGCAUUCAUUAAAUGCUAACACAUGGUUUUCA